UUGUGGUUUGAGUGCGCCAGAGAAGUCGUCUGCGGAGAGAGACAGUGUCAUUUGACGGGUCAGAAAACGUUGAAUUUUAUAUUUAUAACUCUUAAUUUGUUUUUUUUUAAUUUGGUGGAAGUAAAGUCGGAUAAAUCCUACAAGAAGAGAAGGACAAGCGUAAACCGUUAUUAGACAACCACAGCAGCAGAGGAGCUCAUCUUUCUGCAGCCAUGGCUUCACACAACCUGAGCGGAAUCAAACGAGAAGAAAAGGGCAGAAAUAUCCAGGUCGUUGUCAGAUGCAGACCGUUCAACACAGUAGAGCGCAAGUCGUCGUAUGGGGUGAUCGACUGCGACUCGAGCAGAAAGGAGGUGCUUGUAAGGACCGGAGGGCUUAACGACAAAGCAUCACGAAAGACCUACACGUUUGACAUGGUAUUUGGUCCGGCAGCUAAGCAGAUUGAAGUUUACAGAAGUGUUGUUUGCCCUAUUCUGGAUGAAGUUAUCAUGGGAUACAACUGCACUGUGUUUGCCUAUGGUCAGACUGGAACAGGAAAGACAUUCACUAUGGAGGGCGAGAGGAGUCCAAAUGAGCAGUUCACCUGGGAAGAGGACCCUUUGGCUGGCAUCAUCCCCAGAACGCUGCACCAGAUCUUUGAGAAGCUUUCUGAGAACGGCACAGAGUUUUCAGUCAAAGUGUCCCUGCUAGAGAUUUACAACGAGGAGCUGUUCGACUUGCUAAGCCCCACUGAGGACGUCAGUGAGCGGCUACAGCUCUUUGAUGACCCACGCAACAAGCGAGGUGUGGUGGUCAAGGGUCUGGAGGAGGUGACAGUGCACAACAAAGAUGAAGUUUAUCAGAUCCUAGAGAGAGGAGCAGCAAAGAGGAAGACUGCCUCUACCCUCAUGAACGCUUACUCCAGUCGCUCCCACUCGGUCUUCUCGGUCACCAUCCACAUGAAGGAGAUCACUCUGGAUGGAGAAGAGCUUGUGAAGAUUGGCAAACUGAAUCUGGUGGAUCUGGCUGGCAGCGAAAACAUCGGGCGUUCAGGUGCGGUGGAUAAACGUGCUCGUGAGGCAGGUAACAUAAACCAGUCUCUGCUGACACUGGGAAGAGUCAUCACAGCGCUGGUGGAGAAGAGGCCUCAUGUCCCGUACAGAGAGUCGAAGCUGACCAGAAUCCUGCAAGACUCACUGGGAGGACGAACAAAAACCUCAAUCAUCGCCACCGUGUCACCUUCCUCCAGCAAUCUAGAGGAGACUCUGAGCACGCUGGAGUAUGCCAGCAGAGCUAAGAACAUCAUGAACAAGCCGGAGGUCAACCAAAAACUCACCAAGAGGACACUCAUCAAGGAAUACACAGAGGAAAUUGAGCGUCUGAAGCGUGACUUGGCUGCCACACGAGACAAGAAUGGAGUUUAUCUUUCUGCAGAGAACUAUGAGAGUAUGUUGAGUCAGAUCACGGCACAUGAGGAACAUGCAGGAGAGUACACCGACAGAAUCGCUGCCAUGGAGGAGGAGCUCAAGAAGGUGACUGAGUUGUUUGUGGACAAUAAAACCAGACUGGAGCAGUGCACUAUAGAGCUGGACGAGAAGCAGCAGAGGCUGGAGGAGACGAGCCAGAACCUGCAGGAGACCAAAGAGAAGCUGAGUGAGGAGGAGUUUAUCUGCUCUGAGCUCACCUCUGUCCAGGAGACUCUCUACAACACAGCUGGGCAGUUGCUGAGCACAGUAGAUGCAAGUACCAGUGACGUGUCGGGCCUUCAUGACAAGUUGGAGAGGAAGAGAAAGGUGGAACAGCACAACAAUGACAUCCAGCUGAGUUUUGCCCAGCGGAUGGAUGGAGCAUUCAGCAACAUGCAAUGCUGCAUUCAGAAGCAGGGAGCCAAACACCAUGACAUGCUGAGCAGCUACUCCCAGGCCAUCGAUGGCUUGCUCGUCAUGAAUGAGGGGGCACUGAAAGGAGCUCUGACCACUGUGGAGUCCUUUGUGGGUGGAGUGGGGCAGCUGGUGACUGAAGGUGUGGCUCGCUGUCAGGAUCGAGUGCAGCAACAGGAGGCGAUGUGUUUGAAGGAUAAGGAGAGCUUACUGCAGCUGCUGGAAGAGCAUCGGCAGGACAUGGAGGAGGUCCUCGUGGUUCGGACUCUGAUGGGUCUAUCAGCUGUCAAAGAACUCAAUGACACACUGAGAGCCACAGUGGAGACACAGCGAGCGCUGGCCAACAAGGUGGAGGCGAUGAAAGAGGUUGGAGUCUUUUUCAGCAGCCUGGUGCAGGAGCUGGCAAGGCUACGGGAAGCAUCAGUGCAGGGCUUGAGUGCUCUGCAGACUGAACAUGACAAGCUAGAAGAUGAAAUCAGACAGGCACAAGAAAGACAUCAGACGGGUAUGAAGCAGACUAUCCAGUGCCUGCAGGACCAGCUCAACCUGCUGACCAUGGAAGUUCAGAAAGACUACAGUGAUCUGCGCUCAUCCUCCAAAGCUCUGCAGAAACCUCUGCAGGCUCUCCAGGAGAACAUCAGCAGUGGUUGCAGUUUGGUGGAGAAUCAGGCCUCCAGCCAGGCAGACCUCCUCUCCUCCACCUCCUCCUCUCUGGCCUCCUCUCUGCGUCUCACCACUGACGAGAGCCUGCAGUCGCUCAACGAGAUGACGGGCUGCUGCUCCCACCUGCACAGCGCCGUGUCUGGUUUGGUUGAUCGUAACUUCCAGUGGAGCUCUAAAACCAGGGAGCAGGCAGAGAGUACAGCCCAGCAACAGUUAUCCCUGACAGGAAUGAUUUCCAGUGAAGCUCAGGCACUGCGUCGGAGUGUUGAAAAAUGCUGCACUGAGCAGCUCCAGACAGCCGAAGAGCAGCUGUCCAGUCAGCAGGAGGAGGUGAAGCAGGCUGUGAUAGCCUUGCAGAAGCAGACCUCAAUGGACCGGACUGUCCUGGACCAGCAGAAGGCUGAGCUGCAGGAUCAUGUGGAGACGAGUCAGGAGCUGGUCAGUAGCUUUCUGCAAAAAGAGCUGCAGCAAGACAUUCCUACUGGUGCAACUCCUCAGCGCCGGGAGUUUGUGUAUCCCAGGCAGCUGGUGAAGUCGCGGAGCCGGGGCGAGCUGCUUGAGAGCCUGAGGAGGCAGCAGGAGGAGCUAAGGGCAGCUGUGGAGGAAGAAGAGGAGCAUCAAGAGGAAGAAGAUGACAAGCACAGCCAGGUUGACCAUGAUUCUCUGGAGGAAGAGUUGAGUACAUGUAAUGAAAGCUUGGCCACAGAGCCAUCCUUCAUUGAUGAGAACCUCGUCUUCAACGAGAGCAAACGGGUUCCUUUCUUCAAGCAGAAGAAAGGUGGCAAGAAAGAGACAAAGAUCCCCAGCAGGCAGAAAGUGUCAGAAAACGAAGCCCCAUCAACGCCUCAGAAAUCCAGACUGCCUCUUCGCUGUCAAAACUAAAACAGUUUUAAUAUGUUUUCUCUGUUAUUGAUAAUGUUUUGUCUUAUUUUAAAUCAUUUUGUCUUUUAAAUGUUUAGAUUCUGUCCAAUGAAUUGUCACAUUUCUUAGUGCCAAGACUGUCUUGACAUUUUCAAGUUGCUUGUAAAAUUAAAGAUAAAUGUUUUAUACUUCUGUUAAGUCAUUGAUCCCAGUUGAUAAAAUGUUAUGA